CACCAUUGAGACAAUCAAAAGCAGAGUGUACCUACGCCAUCACCCAUCCGCAUCCCACCGGUCCAUUCCAUCCUCCCUUCCAAAGAUCGUCAUGUCCCUGGUGGUUCAGGUGCACUUUCCGGGGGAAACCCUCCCCCCGCUUGAGGACGAGAAGAAAAAAGCUACCUUCAAAGUGGGCCCCGGGCUAACACAUAUUUUACCUUCGACACUUAUCGUCAACAGAGCCGGAGAGCUCAAUAUAGACCAGCGAAAGCACACCAUCUGGAUGGAGUCUAACGGUAAGCGCGUGAGUAUUUCCUUCCGUGCUUGAGACUAUCAGAAAGCCAUGCAAUCCUAAUAAGGCAAUAAAAUAGUAUGUUGCUUCGCAAAACGACGCCAUCAUAGCUACAGUUCUCCGGUCUACGUCGGAUUCCUAUAUCUGUGCUAUCCCCUCUUCGAAUUCACCAGUCUCAUCAACAAGUCAGGCGGUAUUACCUCACCUUGCGUUUUCCCAAGCAACAAAGAAAACUCGACCCAUGCUUCAUCAAGGCUCAGUUGUUUAUGCCCGCAUAAGCCUCGCCAACAAGCAUAUAGAUCCCGAACUAGAAUGCUACGAUGCCGACAGCGGUAAAGCUGAAGGGUUUGGGGAACUGAAAGGAGGUUUUAUCUUCGGAGUUAGCCUGGGAAUGGCUAGGAGGUUACUCGGGGAUGCCAAGAAAACCGGAUCGCUCAGGUUAAGGCAAAGAAAGGCGGAAGCGGAGAGAAGGGGCGAGAAAUACCAGGAUGCCGGGGUGGACGUGAGUAGCGGAAGGGAAGUGUUGGAGGAAUUGGGUGAGAGUUUGUCAUUCGAGCUCGCCGUGGGGAGAAACGGAAGGGUUUGGGUACAUAGCGGGGAUCCCAAGACGACUCUCUGUGUAAUGAGAUGUAUUCAGCAGAGCGAAUUCCUUACCGGAAAGGAGCAACGCCAACUAGUCAAAGAGGCCCUCAAAGCUCUUGGGCAAUAAUCCGCUGCCACUCCAACCAUCUGCUUUAAAUUCAAUCUUACGGCUUGAACUACCUGUAACCGAGAAAUGAGGGGCUUCAAAGUCUGUUUUCGCGAUCCCACCUUCGAGACCAGGGCGUGGCACUAGUAAUGGUUUCGUUUAAGGUGAUUUAUCAUUGGCGCCAUAGCACCCACUACUGUGCUUGUAGGCGAAAUCAUGACGCCGCUCGGGCACUGUAUUACACAUUGUUGGAGUGAGUGUUCACGGCAUCACGAUUUACGAGGACUGGUGCCGCUGGGGUGUGGCACUGGUAAAUUUAUGAUAACCCACAAUUUCGUGAGAUACCGUUGUAGUAUCUACAAGCAUAGUUCCCGUAGUGGCCUAUCAUAUCAUAAGUAAUUAUAGCAUGAACAAAGUGUUGUCUCU